UCAUAUUAAGAGAGAUGAUCCCUCUCACAUCAACACAAAUGCUCUGGUCAAGUGAAAAUUGGACAUUGGGUUCAAAAAGUGGCUGCCUACCAGAUUCAGGGUCUAGGUUGCCUCUUAAACGGGUCAGAAUUGUCUUAGAAAGUGGCUGCCUACCAGGGUCUAAGUUGCCUCUUAAACGGGUCAGAACUGUCUAAGAAAGUGGUUGCUUACCUGGUGUUUGAUCAGUAGGGUGUUCAAUUAACACACGACUCCAGUUGUGACUUAAACCGCAUUUCCCUAAGACUAGCAUGAAGGAAUGGAGGAAUAAAGUAAACGAUUACAACCCAUAUUUUGUACUUGGGAAUCUUUGGGAGUCUUUAAUGGAAUGGAGUGCAUAUGGAGCUGGAGUUCCUCUUGUGUUGAAUGAAAGUGAUUCAGUUGUUCACUACAAUGUUCCUUAUUUGUCCGACAUUCAACUUUAUGUAGAUCCGACAACACCCCUAACCAAAAGAAGCAAGACUUGGUGUGGCUAUUGCAAGAGCGUGAAGAAACUGUUCUCCGAGCUUAACGUGUCCUAUAAGGUUAUCGAACUGGAUGAAGAAAGUGAUGGAGGUGAAAUCCAAUCCACUCUAAAGGAGUGGACCGGUCAGAGUAUUGUUCCUAAUGUAUUCAUAGGUGGGAAGCACAUUGGUGGCUCGGAUGCUAUUAUGGAGAAGCAUCGAGCUGGGAAGCUGGUGCCGUUGCUAACCGAAGCAGGUGCCAUUGCGAAUGCCUCUGCACAGCUCUGAAGAUUGGUGUCAUGAAUAAGAUGAUUAAGUUAGAUGAGUACGGUAUCGGUACCGAAAUUCGCCAAAUAUGGAUACCGGUACCGAAAAUGUACGGUACGGUACUGGUAUUUAAAAGUUUAGGUCAACAUUUCUAAGUAGUAUAAUUUAUUGUAAGACCACACGUGUAGCACACGGGAACUUAGACUAGAUAUGAUAUUUAUUCGCUCUAUUAGUGAACAGGCUUACUUUCUUCAUUUUAAAAACACCACUCAAUUCAAUCUAA